AUGUCGACGACAACAGUUGAGCUUGCUUCACAAGGACAACAAGAGUCACAGAGCUCAGUCCACACAUUUGGUCCGAUUGCUGACGAUGCGAUUGUUCAAGCAAAGCAAAAAUGGAAUGACCCUCCCAUCAACAAAUGGCGCCUUUUAGCUACAUUCGCCAGUUUCGCCGUUGUAGGAGCGAGCGACGGCGUCUACGGACUUCGCGAAGACUAUAAACUGUCUACGACCGUGGUCUCUUUAAUCUUCGUGACCCCGUUUGCCGGAUACACGAUUGCCACGCUUGUCGUCAACAAGAUUCAUAUGACAUUUGGACAACGAGGGAUUGCGAUCAUCGGUCCGCUAUGCCACAUCGUUCCGUUCGUGAUCAUGGCCAUCCACCCGCCCUGGCCGGCAAUGUUGGCCGUCUACGUGAUUGUUGGCUUGGGCAAUGGCCUCAUCGACGCUGCAUGGAACUCCUGGAUCGCCGAUAUGGCUAAUGCAAACACAAUGAUGGGGCUCCUCGGGGCGUCUUAUGGUGUCGGGGCAACACUGAGCCCAACAAUCGCGACGCAGAUGAUCAAGUCGGGCCUGCGCUGGAACUAUUUCUACUACACUCUGCUUGGGGGCUCCGUUCUAGAACUGCUGACCAGCGUGGCUACGUUCUGGAAAGAAAAUGCAGUUAGCUACAGAGCCAAAAACCGCAGGAGCCCCGAUAGCAGCGGUGGGAGCAGAACCACGGAGGCGAUGAAAAGUCCCAUUACCUGGCUGAUAGCCAUCUGGCUGUUUGUGUACAUGGGUGUCGAAGUGUCCGUGGGUGGCUGGGUCGUCGAUUUCAUGGUUCAGGCCCGUAACGGAGAGCCAUUCGAAUCUGGUCUGGUUCCAACUGGCUUCUGGGCUGGCGUCACUAUCGGGCGUCUGGUUCUGGGCUUUAAUGAAGGAGAGCGGACUGCGAUCACUAUUUACCUUGCUAUUUCAAUUGCCCUGGAGCUUGUCUUUUGGCUGGUCCCAAAGUUUGUCGUCUCUGCCGUUGCUGUCUCGCUGCUUGGCUUCUUUACCGGCCCUCUCUUUCCCGCAGCAAUUGUAGUGGCGGCCAAGCUGCUUCCGAAGCAUCUGCAUACCCCGGGCAUUGGACUCGCGUCAUCAUUGGCAGGCGGCGGUGCUGCAAUGUAA